CGCAAUCCGCUUUCUAGAGUGGCCGGCCCCGGGUAACAUAUAUGUGGACCGGAGAGAAUCUCAGACAAAAAGAAGAGAUGGCAGCGGCAGCAGCAACAGCAAUAGAUGAUUUCGGAGCUUUCAUGAAGAAAUUUGAACUGCCUUCUCCGCACAGUUCUCCCCAGCUUCCGUUACACGGUCUCACCUUCGCUGUCAAAGACAUAUUUGAUGUCAAGGGAUAUGUUACUGGAUUUGGAAAUCCCGACUGGGCAAGGACUCAUGCAGCUGCCACCUCAACAGCUCCUGCUGUUUUGGCCAUUUUAGGAGCUGGUGCCUCAUUUGUUGGUAAAACUGUCAUGGAUGAGAUGGCCUACAGUAUAGAUGGAGAAAACAAACAUUAUGGAACCCCCACUAAUCCAUGUGCUCCUGAUCGGAUACCUGGAGGAUCUUCUAGUGGUUCUUCCGUUGCGGUUGCUGCAGAGCUUGUAGAUUUCUCCUUAGGUACUGAUACCGGAGGAAGUGUAAGAGUGCCGGCAGCUUUCUGUGGUAUUUUGGGCUUCCGUCCUUCACAUGGAGUUAUUUCUACUUCAGGUGUUAUUCCCAUGGCUCAAAGCUUCGAUACCGUUGGAUGGUUUGCUAGGGAUCCCAUGAUCCUGACUCGAGUAGGCCACGUGCUAUUUCAAUUGCCUGAGGUGGAUCCUGUGCAACCUAGUCAGGUUAUCAUUGCAGAUGACUGUUUCCAACUUCUGAAUGUUCCAAGUGAUCGAGUUACUCGUGUUCUCAUUAAAGCCAUAGAGAAAUUGUUUGGGUAUCAAGUUGUUAAUCACGCAAAACUUGGGGACUAUGUUAAAGAUAGAGUUCCAAGUUUGAAACAUUUUAUGGACACCUACUGUGAAAAUCAAGAGUACACAAUACCAUCCCUAAUGGCACUUUCAAGUGCCUUGCGAUCGCUUCAAAGGUAUGAGUUCAAAAGCAACCAUGGAGAAUGGGUCAUCACAGUGAAACCCGAUUUAGGUCCUGGAAUAUCUGAACGAGUUUGGAAAGCUAUUAGGACAACGGGUGAGGAUGUUGAAUGGUGUCAUGCAGUUAAGAAUGAACUCCGUGCAUCACUUAGUUCUCUUUUGGAGGAAUAUGGAAUCCUUGCAAUCCCUACGGUUCCUGGGCCUCCACCUAAACUUCAUACUGAUGUGAUUACAUUGGAAGGCUUCCGAGCAAGUGCUUUUAGUUUGCUGGCUAUCACUGGAAUGUCUGGGUUUUGCCAGGUUACUAUACCACUAGGAAUGUACAAUAACCUUCCAGUGGCAGUUUCUCUCAUAGCUAGACAUGGUUCGGAUCGGUUUCUACUUAAUCUCGUGCAGACCCUUUAUGGUGCACUUAAAGAACAGGUUGAAAUAGCAGAAUAACAGCAAAUGAAACUGGCAAGAAAUUAAUUGAAGUUGAUCGAGUGAUGGUGCAGGUAGGCUGAAGAAACAAAAUACAUGCAAUCAACUGUCUCCAAGGACUGGGAAUUGUCAAUAUUUUCACUGUGUUUGUAUGUUCAAGAAGAUUGGAUUGCAAUAAUUCAGUUCUAUAAAGAGUAAAUGACCAAAGUGGUGGUAGAACGAUUCUAUUCAUAAUCAAGGAUCAAUUCUCAAAUUAGAAUUACUGUCAUUUAACGUUUUAUUUCGAACUUGAGCACAUGGAAAUGCAACCAGGCGUUUGAUUUUCACUGUGGAUUAAUAUAGUGCCGCCCACUUUUUUCAUGAAUUAAGAUAGUGCUACCCACUGUGUUCAUUUCCUCUUAAUAAUAAAUUGAAUGAAUUGAAGUUCAGUUAAAUUGCUGCAACCAAGCACCCCUACUGAAAAGCUUGGAUUUGGAAGCUCUUCAAAGAAGCUAGUUUCUGCAGAAGGGCUUAUUGAUAUUUGAGUGAAGCUGUAAAAUUGGAACCGUACAUCUGACAACAUUGGACCAAUACAUGUAUUUGAGGAAAGCUGGACGCGUCUAGCGUAUUUAUUAUUGCUACUUUUUGUCAUUUAA